UAAGUGUUUAGAUUUCUCUGCGGCGCCGCUGCUGGGGCAGAGCGCAUCACUCCUUCGUCGGGGUAAGACGUGCGCCCGAGCCGGGCCGAGAGAGGCCGGCAGUGCCCAGCGGCCCCGAGACCCAGGCAUCCUCCGCCUUCUCUACGCUGCGCGCGUCCUCACGCCCCAAGAGUCCGCACAGCCGACGGCUCCUGCUGCAGAGGCAACAUGCCCAUCACUCGGAUGCGCAUGAGACCCUGGCUAGAGAUGCAGAUUAAUUCCAACCAGAUCCCCGGGCUGAUCUGGAUUAAUAAAGAGGAGAUGAUCUUCCAGAUCCCGUGGAAGCACGCCGCCAAGCACGGCUGGGACAUCAACAAGGACGCCUGUCUGUUCCGGAGCUGGGCCAUUCACACAGGCCGAUACAAAGCUGGGGAAAAGGAGCCAGAUCCCAAGACGUGGAAGGCCAACUUCCGCUGUGCCAUGAACUCCCUGCCAGACAUCGAGGAGGUGAAGGACCAGAGCAGGAACAAGGGCAGCUCGGCCGUGCGGGUGUACCGGAUGCUCCCGCCCCUCACCAGGAACCAGAGGAAAGAGAGAAAGUCCAAGUCCACCCGAGAUGCUAAGGGCAAGGCCAAGAGGAAGCAGUCCUGUGGGGAUUCCAGCCCAGACACCUUCUCUGAUGGACUCAGCAGCUCCACCCUGCCUGAUGACCACAGUGGCUACACUGCCCAAGGCUACAUUGGGCAGGACUCGGAAGUGGAACAGGCCCUCACUCCAGCACUGUCACCACAUAGCACUCUCCCCUCCUGGGGGGACAUCGUGCCGGACAGCACCAGUGACCUGUACAGCUUCCAGGUGUCUCCCAUGCCCUCCGCCUCUGAAGCUGCGACAGAUGAGGAUGAGGAAGGGAAAUUACCGGAGGACAUCAUGAAGCUCUUGGAGCAGCCAGAGUGGCAGCCGACACAUGUGGAUGGGAAGGGGUACCUGCUCAAUGAGCCCGGGGCCCAGGCCACUGCUGUCUACGGAGAUUUCAGCUGCAAGGAGGAGCCAGAAGUUGACAGCCCUGGAGGGGACAUUGGUCUGAGCCUACACCGCGUCUUCACAGAUCUCAAGAACAUGGACAGCAGCUGGUUGGACAGCCUGCUGCCCCAAGUCAGGCUGCCUUCUAUCCAGGCCAUUCCUUGUGCACCGUAGCUGGGCCCUGGCCUCUUCUUACUCCCCUAGAUGAGCAGGACAUGUCAUCAUGGUGGCUGUGGUGCAGAGAGGCUGGACUUCUGUAGGCCCCUUGACAUAGAAAAGUGUGACCUCCACUGCCAAGUGAGGAUGGGGCCUCCCCCCUUGGGUCAGUGGCUUCUCAGGUGCCUGGCAGGCUGGGCUGGUCUUUCAGAGGAAAACUCACCCUGCCACCUGGGAAGAUGCCGUCUGAGAUUGGUGUGUCGGGUGGGAGGCUUGGACAGGAGUCAGCCUCUUGCUUUUCUCUCUGAAUCCAGCUGUCUGGAGAGGGUCUUGCUGUCACUGAGCUGGCCCUGAGGGGAAUAGACUAGUGACCUCAGAACAGCACCAAUCCCAGGGCUGGCUCUGCACUAAGAGACGAUGAUUGCACUAAGUGAAUUCUCUUCCCAAAGAACCGCCCCCUUCCCAGCUGAGCCCGGGGACUGUUCCAAAGCCAGUGAAAUGUGAAGGAGAGAUGGGGACCCGUGGGGUGGUGCUCCCUCAGCCCUGCUCCCUGCUCCGGCUGAGGGGCUUGGGAAAAAACACGGCACUUUCUCUGUGGCCCUUGCCUUGUUUCUGCUCGGUGGUGGACACUAACGUUUCCUCCAAGCUCUUGGCCUUUGCAUUUAUUUAUACAGUGCCUUGCCCGGCGCCCAGCACCCUCUUGGGCCCCGGGAGGGAAGUGUGAGUGCCUCGAUGUGACUUUUCAAAUUGGAAAUGCCAUCUAACCACUAAGUCAUGUGUGACUACAUAUGGACAUGUGUGUAAAUAUGUACAUUUUUCUUUUUAUAAAAAGUUAAUUGUU